AUGGAGGGAAUGAAAUGCGCACAAGGAAAGAAGAGUGAAUAUGAUUGUGAAUUGAUACAGCUCACUCAGGAACUCAUCGACGCAGCUGCCCCUCGCCCAACAGGCAGAGUCCCUGAAACCAUAAUGGCUCAGCCACAGGAGGAUUUCAAUGAGCCUUUCGGCGAUGCUUUGAAAUGGGCACCGGCUUUGCCUAUGGAGAUAAUCCAAUCGAUCUUCUCCCACGUCGCAGAGAACUGUAACAUGCAUGACUGGUACCGACUGAGUCUCGUCAACCACUCCUGGUAUUCCGCCGCAACCAAACAGCUCUACCACAGUUUCAAAAACCAUGGCGACUUGAAAGACCGUGAGCGUCUGUGGCAAUUCAUGCGGACAGUCGUUGAGGAGCCAGACCUGGCCAAGAUUGUCAAGGCGGUUGACUUGAUCCAUUGUUUCAAAUAUACUGGGCCUGCUAGCCCGUUUCUAGCGGAGAGCUUCUGCACCAAAUAUCGCUCUGCUCUUAUUCGGGGAAUCCAAGAGUCUGGAAUUGAUCGCUACCAAGACGAGAAUGACAUCUUGGAAGCACUCCAAACCGAUGAUCGACGACCCAUCGUAUCCAUCAUCCUCGCCUGUCUGUCCAACCUCGAGACACUGUCCAUGCACGUUACCAACAACGAUAUCUAUCUCCGCGCUGUUGCACAGAAUGCACCCAUUCAUAAAGAUAUCUUCCCCGCCAAGUCAGUGCGCAGUACCCUCGCUUUCAAACAAGUCAAGCGACUGUUCCUGGACACGGACGAUCAGCCAUACGGAAACGUUCCUCUCGAGAUAGACCGCUACCAACCCUUCAUCUACUUCCCUCAGCUGUGCGAGCUGACUCUUCUGCACUGUAAAUUUAAUGUAGAACUUUUCUCUUGGUCAUUCGGUGGAAUCGGAGAAGCACGGCCCGGUCUGUCUAGCAACCUGACCAAAGUGACCAUCGACCUGUUUCGAAACACCAGGCUUGAGGAGUUGCUGAAGUUCCUUGACGGCCUUACCGCACUGACCAGCCUGUGUAUCGACUUCAGCAGCAUUCCUCGCUCCGAAUGGGACAUCUACGGUCCAACCGCGCUCUGGGACCACCUAUUACGGUUUAAAGAGACGCUCAAGAAGCUCGAUAUCUACUACCUAGACAUUCCUCAACACCAGCCCAGUCCACCCGAGUUCUGUCCUCCCAUCCACGAAUUUAUCAAUCUCAAAUCUCUCAGCAUCGGGCCCGCCAUGCUUUUGGGCAACUGCAAGAAGCAUAGAGCUCCCUUCCAGCUCAUGGAGCAUGUUCCGUGCGGACUGGACUAUCUCGGCCUCUAUGGUGACCCGGGAUUUAUUCAGGGUCCCUGGGCGGUCCCGGAGAUGGAAAGCCAGCUGGAGGCUCUAGCUAUGAAUCGCGAGCCCAAAGCGAUUGAUGUCCAACUACUUGGAAAACGCUGCGCCCUGUUGCCGAUCAGCAAGCUGAGGGCUGCUUGUAAGCAAAAGCGAAUUCGGUUCGACACCAAGCGCAUGAAUAGAGGAGGUUCCGGAUCAGAGUUCGGUCUAUCCAGCCAUAGACACGCAAGGCCGCAUAACCCCGACAUGUACCAAGCGCUCCUUCAAAUCGGAAGCAACAUAACUCCAUUUUGA